AGCUCCUUCCACCCCGCCCUCACCACCCUCUAAUCUCAACCCUCACAGGGACAAUCUGUGUCUCCUCUCCGGCUGCUUCGACUGAGAUGUUCUGCUGUUUGACGGUGCGCCUUCACACAGGAGACGCGCACAUACACAGAGUCCACUGCUGCAGUUCAGCCGCCGAUCAGCUCAGUCGUUUAAUAUAAGGACGAUCAGAGGAGGAAAUAUUAAGAAGAAACUCCGAUGGCACAGUGGACACUACUUUUGUUUUCUUUGUAUGGAGUUCUGCAUGGACAAGAGAUUCAGCUCCCUACUGUACAAGAGUGCUGUCUGGAUGGAAGGGAUCGGGCCCUGGGAGGACAAGAUUGUACAAUCCUCCCCCUCAUCUCCUCCUCCCACACCUGCAGGAUCGCCCAGGAGCAGUGCUGUGCAGCCGCAGUAGGAGACCAACUCUGUGACAAUGGCAUCAAGAUGGCCAAGGGGCAGGGGGCCUGUGAGAGGCCCUUCUUCCAAGGAGACCCUUGGGAAACAAAAAUCUCUAAGAUGUGUUGUGACUGCUGCAUGCUCGGCCUGAUGACAGCAAGCCAGGCUUCCGGCUGUGAGCUCCAGGGUUUGUUGCUGGGGAGACAAUGCACGCACACAGCUCAAAGCUGCUGUGGCAGAAACACAACAGAGGAAACAGAACCAAACGUGACAGAAAAGCCUGAGACCAACGUUACUGCCAAGCCCCCAGAGGGAUCGGACCCCUGUAGAGACUCCAGGUGUUCCCAGUUGUGUGAGGGUAAUGGUACAUGUGUGUGCCGUGAUGGUUAUCAGCUGCAAACGGAUGGAGUUAAUUGUCAGGAUGUCAAUGAGUGUCUGACUGGCAGUCACAACUGCAUCUUUGGCCAAGUUUGCAUCAACACAGAGGGUUCCUUUCGCUGUCAGAGGGAAACCAGCUGUGGCACCGGGUAUGAACUCAAAGAGGACAACAGUUGCCAAGACAUAGACGAGUGCACGUUAGGGAGCCAUAACUGUGGACCAGACUUUAUGUGCACCAACACAGCAGGCUCGUUUCGUUGCCACCCAAAGGAGAGCUGUUCAGAUGGUUUCAUUCAGGACGCCAUCGGCAGCUGUAUUGAUGUAAACGAGUGUUUGGCCCAUGCUGGUCCAUGCCUGCCCGGCUAUACUUGUAUCAACACAGUGGGCUCCUACACUUGUCGCAGGAACACGGUCACCUGUGGACGUGGCUAUCAUCUAACUGAGGACGGCACACGUUGUGAAGAUGUGGAUGAGUGUCGAACAGGAAAUGUAUGUGGCAGCCACGGUUGUGUCAACCUGGUGGGCUCUUACCGCUGUGAAUGCAGAACUGGCUUCAUCUUCAACAGUAUCACCAGACUGUGUGAAGAUAUCAAUGAGUGCAGGCAUUAUCCUGGACGACUCUGUGCCCACAAGUGUGACAACACAGAAGGGUCCUACCAGUGCAGCUGCACCACUGGCUUUAGACUGUCCCAUGAUGGCAGAAACUGUGAAGAUGUCAAUGAGUGUGAAGCCAACCCUUGCAGCCAGGAGUGUGCAAAUGUCUACGGCUCCUACCAGUGCUACUGUCGCCGUGGUUACCAGCUGAGUGACAUCGAUGGGAUAACGUGUGAAGAUAUUGAUGAGUGCGCUCUGCCUACUGGAGGUCAUGUGUGUUCCUACCGCUGCUCCAACUCCCCAGGAAGUUUUUACUGCACGUGCCCACCGACAGGCUACACCCUCGCACACAAUGGACGCACAUGCCAAGACAUUGAUGAAUGUGCAGCGGGGAGCCAUACUUGUUCUGUGUCUGAAAGCUGCUUCAACAUCCAGGGUGGAUUUCGUUGUCUGUCCUUCAGGUGUCCUCCAAACUUUCGGCAAGCAGCCCAGGGAUUCAGGAGAGAUGCUUCAGUCAAUGCGCGCUGCAUUAAGGCCUGCCAACCAAACGACAUUGGCUGCAAUCUCGACCCCGUCCACCUCAUCACCCACACCUCCCUCUCUCUGCCAACCUUCAGAGACUUCCAUGAACCAGAGGAAAUAGUUUUCCUGCGGACACUUGCGGCGACUAACCCUGCUCCUCUGCCCGGUGCCACCGAUGUUUUCUUUGACAUCCUAUCUGCAGAUGACCAGUUCUCCUUUGACGUGGAGAAGCGCUCUCACCAGGGCAUGAUUAUGGGUGUGGUUCGGCAGAUAAAGCCAAUCAUUGGCCCCAGGGACCUUGUCUUGGAGGUGGCUAUGAACUAUGUCAAGUCAGGGAUCAUUUCCCAUCGCAAUAUUGUCAUCAUCCAUGUCUUCAUCUCUGAGUUCUGGUUCUGAGCUCAGCUUAAGAGUGAACAGCACUGCAUUUGCAAUACAGCACAUAAUUUAUAACUUGCAAAUAUAUCUGGAGGCAUCACACUUUCAUUCAGUGUUUUCAUCAUUUAAAAACACCUCAGAUGCUAAUGUUUUACAUGUGAGGUAAGAUAAAUAAGAUAAAAAACCAUUGGAUUUACUCAUAUGCAAGGGUUUUAGAUGCACUGAAAACUACAGAAACAGUUUGCAAACCAUCCAGUUCAUUCAUUUACAAUAGGUCUUUAUAAUUUCAACACAAUAUACACUGAUUAAACAAGAACCCAUUGUUAAAAGCUACUGGACUACUAAGAAUGUACAGUCAAAGCAGUGUUUUGAGCUAAUGCUAACUUGAGUAUGCUAACAUGCUUGCAGGGGUCAUUCCUCUGUUCCCCAGUUCUACAUAUGUACUCACCUAGGGUCCUAUGUUCCUGAGGUUCUGCAUUCCCAAGCUCUCUGUCUAUAGCAUGUAAUGGAAACCUGGGAAAGAUGUUCCCCAACUCUGUAUUCGUUUAAUAUCACAUGGGUUACAUUAGGGGAGUAAAAUCAUGUCUCUGAGAGUGAUGGAAUUGCACUGGCAAAGGUCUUUAUCUAAAUAUAGUUGCUCUCUCUGUGUUCGGAAAACAGUUCCAAAUUAAAUUACCACCCUAGAAACUGAAAAACUAAUACAAGAAUGAAUGAAUUGAAAAGAAAAGGAACUAACCAGUUAAGGAAUUAAACAAGGGCUAACUAAGGGAUAGAAAAGAAGUGUAGGGCCAGGUUUAAUUCCGAUUUUUUAGCAGGUCAAGGUGAGGCAAGACGUCAAAGGUCAGGUUAAGGUAAAAUACUCAUAACGACUGACUACUCCCAUCUCCAAACAGGUUAAAGUUAGGAGAAAAGACUUGGAAAGGGGUCCAAAACCUUCACACGCAAUCAUACUUGCCAAUUUUAAUCUUAGAUUUUAACUUCUUUAUGGCUCUUCGCCUUCUUAUGUAUUGAUACAGAGAGUAAACCAAAGCUAGCCUAUUUCAAGGGACAGAGAUGGACAAGAAAGUGGCAUGAACACACUGGGGAACAUAGGACCUGUGGAACAUAGACACACUCUCACAAUUAUGAUGUUGACAUGCUGAUGUCUAGCAGGUAUACACCAUGUUAACCCCCUCUGUUUAGUCUGUUAGCAUGCUAACAUUUGCUAACUAGAACUAAGCACAAUGUACAACUGAGGCUGAUGGAAAUGUCAUCUGUGUUUGGUCAUUAACCAAAGUAUUGGACAAACUGAAAUUUUGACCUGAUGGUGGCUGUAGAUAUGAAGUCAGGGGAUCUUCAAAGUUGUUAGGUUAUUAGUUAUGUCAGUGAUGUUGGACCGACCAACCAACCAACAUUGUAAAAAUGUAAUGUUAUACAAAUACUAAUUUCUCACUUGAUGCCUCUACCCCAGAUCUGUUGAAAAAUUACAUUCCUUUUACAAGAGUGUAAUAAAAUAAUGUAACAGACUAGCAGGGUGCUGUCAUCUCCUUAACUAGGCUACUGUCUACUGUGUUUACCUUAAAUCUAGACUUUGUUGUCGUGAUUGCCACAUUGAUAAACUGUUGGUCAACCUGGAACUUUUUUGAUGUUUGAUGCCUCACGCUUCAUUUGAUAACAAAACGCUUCAUCUAUGGACUUGCUUUCAGCAUUGAUUGUGUUUUGUACCAACAGAGUGUGCAACCAUCUGUGAAUAAUAAAGACUGUGCGGUUAA